UGCGUGCAUUUGUCCAACCGGCGGCGCGCAUACAGACAAUCGCGAGGGUCUUUCAGAGAAGUGAAACCAAGAAAGUCGGUGCUUAGAUGAUAGAAGUCAUGUGAGAGAAAAGCAGAAGAGACUGAGUCAGAUGUUUUGUGAGAACUUUGGUUUAUUAAUCAUAUGGAAGUGCUCGUGUGAGGAGGGAGCCCCGAACCUUGUACCUUAUAGAUCUGUUUUAUAGCAAAAAGGUCCCAAGACAAAAUGAUGCUCCUUAGGUUGCUAACACACCUAAUCCUGCCUGUCAGUAGCUUUGCAGCUAUUUCUUGCUAUGGAGACCAGGGGCAACAAGUGGAUUGGUUCAUUGUGUACAAGCUGCCGCAAAUGAAAGGCACUGAACUAGAAGGAGGCGUGAAGUACAUGUACCAGGACAGUAGCAGUGGCGGCUGGGUGCCGGGGGCCUCGCUGAUGAACAGUACAGACUCCGCAGUGGCUCAGACUGUCGGACAGCUGUACAAAGCCUAUGGGAUGAAGGACGUAGCUUAUGUAUUGUAUAAUGAUGCACCUCCCAAGAUCUCCUCCUCCUCCGGCAUCGAUAGAGGCCACACCAAAGGCAUGCUGCUCCUUGAUAAGACGCAAGGAUUUUGGUUGGUACACAGCACUCCUCAAUUCCCACCGCCUGCUAACCUAUCAUAUAACUGGCCUCACAAUGCUCUUCAUAAUGGCCAGUCAUUUCUCUGUGUCACCUACCCAUAUAAACAGUUCGGAGACAUUGGCAAACAGUUGCUCUAUAACACCAUCCUGCCAUAUGAUUCCUCCAUCCCUGAAGACUUCUCUGCAGACUUUCCUGAACUCAAAUCUGCAGCGCAGAAAGGAACAGUGAAAGAACCACCAUGGAACCGCCAGGUCGUACUUACCUCAGUUGGUGGCAAAGAAUUUACCAGUUUCUCCAAGCAUGCACACUUUGGUGAUGAUCUGUAUUCUGGAUGGGUGUCCCAAGUGCUGAAGUCCCACCUUUUUGUCCAGUUUUGGCAGAAUUCUCGGGGAGUCCUACCAUCCAAUUGCUCACAGCCAUUUUACACUUACGACAUCCUGGAAAUCGGCUUUCCCUCUGCAUACAGCUUUACUAGUCACAUUGACCACUCCAAGUGGUGUGUAACUGAUGGCCCCGGGUGGGCUUGCGUGGGGGACAUGAACCGUGACUUGAGGGAGGAGCAACGUGGGGGAGGCACAGUUUGUGUAAAUGAUGUUGCCAUCUGGAAGUCCUUCAGAAGUCUUGUGUCUUCCUAUGAAAAGUGCGCUGGACCUGUUGGUUAAAGUAGGGUGUGAAGGCUUCAGGCUCUCUGCCUGUACAGUAUGACAUCCACAUGACAGAGUGUGUGUGGGGGGGAGAAUCCUAACGUUAGUUGUGUCUAAAAUUACUGUAAUACACUGUACGGCCAAUCAUAAAACCAGCCCUUGUUCUAUACAGCUAUCCUACAUAUACAGUAUAACCUAUAGCCAUUUCUUAUUAGACAUGUCAGUGCUCGGACACCCAAGUACAGGCCACAGGAAAUUUGGCCACCCAGGCAGAAGCCGCAGAAGAUGAUUUCGGGCAACUGGCCUCAUCAUCUUCCCGAACCGGGGGUUGUGAUUCUGGUUUAUCCAUGGCUCCCUGUUCUGACGCACAUCAUAUCUGAAACCUAUGCAAGCUAACUUGGUGACAUUUUUUUUAACUCACCCAAUAGUUAAAUCGAAAAUGUUCACGCAAAUUUCAAUUGAGCAGUUUUUUUAUGGGGCUAAUAAUUGACUUGACUCGGACAAGAGGGUCUAUGUGGGGCCAUAACCUGCAGAAAUGCCAUUUUUUGGCACAAGAAAUUUUUAUAUUACGAAUCUUGCUUUUUUGUAAUAAAACCUGCUUUUGA